AUCCUAAAUUAGUAAGGACCCUAAGUGUGUAAAUAUGAUCCUUUUGGGCGACAAAUGCUAUGUAAAAUCAAAAGCAGGUUACACAUUCCGUUGGCUCCUCCAUUGAAAUUGCUCUCAGGAAAUGGCGAAAGAUUCACCAAAAACUCCCAAGUCGAGGUCGGCGACGAAUCCAUCAGUUAGCGUUUGGGCAGCACAGUGUGAAAAAUGCUUGAAAUGGAGGAGGAUUGCGACGCAGGAACAAUUUGAAGAUAUCAGAAGUAGGUUUACUGAAGAACCCUUUAACUGCCCCAAUGGUUCUUGUGAUGAUCCUGCAGACAUUGAGUACGAUGCUUCUCGAACUUGGGCUAUUGACAAGCCCAAUCUCCCUAAAACCCCAUCUGGCUUUAAGAGAGAAUUGUGCCUCAGGAGAGAUUACUCUAAGAUGGAUACUUAUUAUUUCACUCCUUUAGGGAAGAAACUCAGAUCCUUUACUGAAGUUACUACUUUUCUUGAACAAAAUCCCCAGUUCACUGACGUUAAAUCCUCAGAUUUCAGCUUUACCAGCCCCAAAGUUAUGGAUGACACCGUACCCUCUACCGCUCUUCUUGCCAACUCUCACAAGAAGGGUGCAGCUAAAUGACUGGAUGGAUGGAGCUGGACUUGUUCAUAUGCUUAGUAGAUGCACUGUUUAGAGUCUUAAAGGUUCAACUUAUUCGCCAUGUAUUGUUAUUUUCCAUCUGCAAAAUACAUUUCAACUGCUCUAUUUACUUUUCGUGGUGAUGGAUUUGGCUGUGACAAAAAGGAAAAUUUGUUAGCCUUCUUUACUUUGAGUUAGCUGCUAACUUGAAGUUUUGCUUCUUUUCUUUCUA